AUGUGGAGCUCGGUCACCGCAGCGGGAACGGAAAAUGGUCCUGCGCCUCCAUCGCGAAGCAAACACAGCGCGACACUCCUCGCAGGACACGUCUACCUCCUCGGGGGUAGAAAUGGCAAUUUACCCCUCAAGGACCUCUGGCGAUACAGCCUCGCCGAGAGCAAGUGGGAAGAACUACAUCCCGGGGGAGAAAGACCCCCAGCCUUGCAGGAACACAGUGCGGUAGCAUUCAAGGACUGCAUAUACGUCUUCGGGGGCGAACUAGGGUUCUCGGCCGGCACCGAGACACCCCUGUGGAUUUACACAGUCAAGACCAACACAUGGCGGAAGAUCAGAGCCCAAAGAGGAUGUGCUGUCCCCAGAGGAAGAAGAGGACACACGGCGUUGGUGUACAGAGGACAGAUGCUGAUCUAUGGAGGGUACCAAGACCUACGAGGGAGCUCGUCGGAAUUGUGGGCCUUCCAUUUCGAAACGGAAUCCUGGCACCUUCUGUCGUCCAGCGAAAGUGGACCCGCGGCGAGGCACAAGCACUCGGCCGUUCUCCAUGGGGAUGCCAUGUACGUUUAUGGUGGGAUGACGGACCUCCAGGAAAGGAGCGAUUGCUGGAGGUGGGACGUCAACACGGCUUCCUGGUGUCUGCUGAAGAACAAACCUGGUCCUGGACCCCUGCAUGGCCAUGCAGCGUGCAGACUCCCAAGUUGCAUGCUGAUCUUUGGGGGCGAGAGUGGAGGUCUCCCCACGAACGAGCUUUGGAGGUUUCAUUUCGGGACGGAGUCCUGGGAGAAGCUUUCGGUCCCAGGACUGAAGCCACAACCGAGGGCGGAAAGCGUCGCCCUGGCGGUCUCGGAACUUCUUAUCAGAGGACCUGGACUGGACCAUCCGAGACCUAGACCUAGGUCUCAGAGACCCAGGAUCCCGUGCAGCAGGGUUUCCCCAAGUGAAGCACCUGCUAGGCCCAGUUUCCUGAAAGAGAUCUCGAAGUUGUCUCAGAUCAACCUCUCGAGGCUGAGCCAUCCCACCAAGUGCAGCUAUUCCGUGCUCAGUGGACAGGAUGACCACGAAGAAAGUCAAGAGGCAAACACGUAUUAUCCUUUCCAGCAAGUGGACGUGGAAAUCGUGGAGCCGUCCACGGGGAUGGUGAAGUCGAGAAGUGCCAACACCCUGGCGAGAAGGAGGCAGAAGCAUCCGGAGACUCCGAAGGCAGCCGAGCCCGCCAGUUCCGGGAUGACGAGGGACCCUAUUUCCGUGCCAAACUUCCGAGCCCUGACCCUGCCAACACCCGUUUUGACACCCGUCGAGGCUGCCAGAUUAGUUUUCGUCGACCCCGACGAAGACAGCGACGACGAGCGCAAAGAUCCGCCGACCUCGAGGCUGAUCGAGGUGGCCGAAGCGGUAGAAAAACGGGAUUUCGCUAGUGUUCAUCAAGCUUGCCAACCAACCCGAGGAGAGAGCUACAGCUCGCACCUCUACGAAGCUGUCCAGACGCCAAAGACGCCAACAACGACAAAGAUACCAACAUCAGCGUCGGUUCGGUUCGCCGACCUGGAAGAAGGUGAAGAGUCCACAUCCGACUACGCCAGCAUCGAAGCAAGAAGUCCUGGGGACCCUUUAGCCGAGGAAGACUGGCCAAGGAAGCCAAAACACAGACCAAGCGCCAUCAGAGAGGGUCAAUUUGGGUUCUGCAACCCCAACUACCUCGGCCUCGAGACCAACAAUGACACAAAGUACGCGAAGAUGCUAAACAGUCCCCCAGACAGCGUCCUGGAAGAUGGCCACGGGAGAUCAGCAUCCCAAACCUUCGCCGAGCUCCUGGAGCUGCAGGAGAUCAGGCCUAGGGCGCCCCCGAAGAGCUUGCCGUUGGGUUCUCCAUCUAGAAGAGCAGUCAGUGCAUCCAGGGCCGAAAGACAGAGGGCCAAGAUGGCCGAAACUGAAGUCAACACCCCUGGACCAGCCCCUCUCUACGUGUUCUUGGUUGGAGGGAAAGAAAAGGGCCAGGUCACCGUCUUCGCUCGGCCUGUUUCCCUCUGGAAGCUCCAGCUUGCUCCUCAUAUCUUCUAAUGGCGGCCCCACAAUUUUGAAAGUCUCUCCAUGGUCGUCUUUGUCCUUGCGUCCUUUGUCUUUGUUCCUCCAGUUCCCCCAGUAUUAAUGGUCCGGAAGAGGAAGAAGUUCUCCGGGAAGAAAAAAAUCCCUGCCCAUCGUGAAAGUAUCCUAUGUUCUUGUUUUUCUUCGCUUCCUUCGCAUCCUUUUCCUUUCUGCCCUUCCUUUUCGUUUUUUCUUUUUUCAAAGUCCUAUCGGAUCCUUCCCUCACGUCCUUAAUUUUCUAUUUUCACUUCCUUUCUCAUCUUUACUUUCCCGUUUAUUCGUCUCUUUCCGUCUCCUUUCUGAUCCUUUCUUCACCUCCAGACGUUGGUACACGUCUGAUAGCCGUCCAUUGUCCAUUGGUUAUACAUUUAUAUCCUCUCCACCAGAAAACCAGAGCUUGGAUCGUGACACACUGGAAGCUCAGUGUUUAGGAAAGGACAAGAGGUUCAGGAUCUUGGUCCUGGCGAAGUAGGUCGGCUUGCGGGAAAACGUGUAUAGAGAAUCGGCAUGUGAUAUGUACAGAGCAGCUUAAAAGGGAUGCUUCUAGGUGCCGAGAUUAACGACUGGUAGCAAUCAUCAAGGGAACUCCGCCCUAAUCUAGCGUUUCUAUUAACCGAACAUGUAUUAAAUAAGGUAGGAA